AUGCCGAUUUGCAUCGAGUGCCGGCACCCGGUCAAGACGCUAUGGACGCAAUACUCGGGCGCGGGUGAUAAGGCGAGCGGCCACAACAUCCGACUCACGGUGUGUCGCAAGUGCGGGCGCUUCUGCGACAAGUACGUCGAGCAUGACUUUGUCGUGAUAUUUAUCGACCUGGUUCUCAUAAAGCCGCAGGUCUAUCGACAUUUACUACACAAUACGCUAAUGCGCGAUGGCGACCGAUUCGAUCCUUCGAUUGUUCGACUCGGCACCUUGCUGCUGCUGUUUGACGUCUACCUGACCUGGGCGCGCAUCGAGAACCAAGGCCUGCCCGGGGGCGGCCCCGGCGAGAGCAACCUGGGCAAGCUCGCGCAGCAGCCCAUUGUGAUUCAAUAUUUUUUCUUCCUCAUGCUCUGCACGCUUUCGACCAUCGCCUUCCACAUCGCCAUACGCUUCCUCGUCUCCUCGUCGUUGUCGCCGCUCGUUGCGCUGGGCAUCCUACCGCGGUAUCGGCGGCCCAACUCGGUGUCGACGGCGCUGCUUGUGUCCUCGUCGACCAAGCUGUUCCCUAUACUGCUCGUCAUCUGGGACUACGACGUGCCUGCGGCCGCGAGGUCGCUCGGUUGGGCCGUCGUCGCGAAUAACGUCGAGGCGCUGCGCAUCCUAAUCGACUGCCGGUACUACGUCGCGUGCCUGCUGGCACUCAUCGGCGCGGCCGCCCGCUGGUCGGUCGCGCACCUGGUGCUGAUUGCCGUAGGUCUCAACGAUGUCGACUCGAUAUCGGUGGACGCGAGCAUGGCCGCGGACACCAAGGCGCUCUGGACCAUGGUUACAUAUGUGACGGACUGGGCGGGACGAUUGGCUGUCGGAUGA